AAUAAUUAUGUCAUACAUUAUAAUAAUAGUUAAGCAUGUCAUAUAUAAUAAUAACCAUUUGAGAUUUACAUGUGCAGCCAUGUUUAAUACUGAAGGCCUUUAUCAUGUGUGUUUCUGCAGGCUGCAUGUUGGUAGAGAAAAAGAAGACAGACUACAUCACUGCAUGCACAGGAGACUCAGUACUGCUGCCCUGCUCCUGUACUGACGGACACACCAAACCUGAGAGUUUCACCUGGAAGAAACACAACACAAACAGAAACUCAUGGGAUGUGAUCUCCAGUGAGAGUGAACAGUACAGAAACAGAGUUCAGCUGGGUACUGCUCACUCUCCAGGAAAUCUCUCUCUACACAUAUCACACCUGACUGAAGAGGAUGAGGGAGUCUACAGGUGUUAUUUUAACCAGUGGAAAUAUAAAAACAUCAAACUCACCAUUAAAGUAUUGGAACACAACAGGGAGACAAAACACAUCACUGCACACACAGGAGACUCAGUACUGCUACCCUACAGCUGCACAGACCUACACGCCAAACCUGUAAAUUUCACCUGGAAGAAAUACAACCCAAACAGUAAAACAUGGGAAGUGAUCUCCAGUGAGAGUGAACAGUACAGAAACAGAGUUCAGCUGGGUAUUGUUCACUCUCCAGGAAAUCUCUCUCUACUCAUAUCACACCUGACUGAGGAAGAUGAGGGAGAUUACGAUUGUAUGCAUAAGGAAUAUGAACAACUAUACAUCAGACUUACUUUUAAAGGUAAGUAA